GCCCCAUCAAAUUCGAGCUUGCCUCCAUCAAAUCCAGCAGAGACUCGACCAAUUGGCCCCCAUCCCAGACUGACUAGCUAUCCAAGCAGAUGUACUACAAUACUGGGAUCCCAGGCAGCAGUGCCGCAAUUGCACGGUGCGGUCGUCCAGAAUUUCAUUCAUUGCCGACAAUGACUGACUCGGCUGUGCAUUUGCCCCUCGUCGUGCUCCAUUUCCCCUCUUUCCUGCCUGCCCGUCGUCCCCCACUUCUCUCUCCCCGCCAGUCAACAGUCGCCCAUCUCAUCUCAUCUCCGCUCAGCUCGCUUCAUUCCCAAGCCAUGGAGGUUAUUAUUACAGAUCUUCCCACUCUCCAAGUCUACCGCGAGAUCACCUGGAAGAGCAUACAGCACAAGUCCUAGAAUCCUGUACAUCUGCAGUAGAUAGCUCAUCAGCUGACGGCA